AGGAUGUGAUAUUCACAUGUCAUCCAUGUAUGGAGGCGUAAAAUGUUAUAAAAACGUACUAUUAUAAGAAAUAAUGAACAUUUUCAUGAACAAUGAUGGCAAUUCAAUACCAGUAUAUCUAUAGAUGGAUGAUACUUUUGUCUUGCAUUUAUGGCUUUUGCGAAGCGGAACACACUGUUAUAGGGCAUGUUGACUCGACAAUCAUAUUAAACUGCACAUUAGAUGGAACCAUUACAUGGUACGGCCCUGCCAAAAAUCCUCCGCCACCUGAAGCUGUUUAUUCCUGGAAGAACCAAUUAAAUGCUCCCGAUAUUCCGGAUAACUUGAGACCAAGAUUGUCAGUGGUAGGAGAUUUUAAUCAUGGGAGAUACAACCUUAAAAUCCAGAAACUACAGGUUACAGACCAAGGACUGUACAUGUGCGAACUUAAAGGUUCAGUCGACAAAUUCAGGUUGAAAGUAAUAGAAGGAGAAGAACAAACUGUUACAGGACAUGUUAAUUCCACAAUCAUAUUAAACUGCACAUUAGAUGGAACCAUUAUAUGGUUCGGCCCUGCCAAAAAUCCUCCGCCACCUGAAGCUGUUUAUUCCUGGAAGAACCAAUUAAAUGCUCCCGAUAUUCCGGAUAACUUGAGACCAAGAUUGUCAGUGGUAGGCGAUUUUAAUCAUGGGAGAUAUAACCUGAAAAUCAAGAAUCUACAAGUUACAGACCAAGGACUGUACAUGUGCGAACUUAAAGGUUCCGUUGACAAACUCAGGUUGAAAGUAAUAGAAUUUUGAAUGUGCAUUACCAGUCCACAUGGUGUAAUCAAAACAUAAUGAUGACCACUAAAAUACAGAACAGUUCUUUGACUCCCAAUCAUUUUUAUUCCACUCAUGAAUCAAACUUUAUCAAUCUUUUUUAAGACGGAUAUUCCAGAAUACCAUGUUGGAUAAUGCCAUAUAUUUUGAUGUAGCAGAUGUACGUGCAGUAUGUCAGAUAGUUGUUGAUAAAAUUAUCAUAUGACACUUUUGUUGUCUGUAAAUAACAUUUCAAAACAAAUAUGCAUCAAUAAAAAAAU